CAGCAUUCGUCGGGAGUAGUUGGACGAAAAGGAACGGAAAAGGAUCCCAGUGCCGGCAUUGUGUGUGUGUGUCUCUUUGUGUGUGCGUUUUUGCCGGGGGAUGCAUAUAUGCCUCGUUCAUGUGCAUAAUUUGUGUGUGAAAUAUUUGAAAUUAAAUAUUGUUGACAGUAAAUCUCAGAGUGAUUAAGUGACAAAGUUGAAUGAAUAAAUCAUAAAGAACACCGACACGAAACGGCUGAAGCAGCAACUACCAAAAAAUAAAGGAAAAACCUUUCUUUUUGUGUUUUUUUUUGGCAUACUCGAUAAGAGCUUGGGCAGCAGCAGCCACCUAGAAGAAGGAGUAGAAGAAGUUGCCUUACUUCAUAUAAAAUUGAUUACUUUCAUAUGGACUCAAAUUCAGUUAGUCCCUUGCCGCCUCUAGCCAUGAUGGAGAAUGAGAAGACACCGCCGGGUACACCGAAUGGCAUUGAAAUGCCACCGCCUCCAGAUCCAGAUGAAAAACGCUAUGAAGAAGAUCCUGAUAAUGCCUGGAACUGUUGUUCCUGGUGUGAAUAUUUAUUGAUUAUCAUUCUAUCGACCAUAUUGCUAGUUGGUGUCUUGGUCCUGACCCUAUUUUGGGUGAUGUUCUAUCGCGGUGGCUUUGCCUGGUCAGAGAGUCCAUUGCAGCAAUUCAAUUUACAUCCCAUUCUGAUGGUCGCUGGCUUUAUAACACUCUCAGGAUUCUCUAUUUUGCUAUAUCGCCUUUGUCGGUGCGUCAAACAUAUCUAUGUGAAGGUGAUUCAUAUGUUUUUCCAUGCUGCUGCUAUACCCUGCAUUGCAUUGGGUUUCCUAUCCGUCCUCGAUUCCCAUAAUGCAUUGCAAAAGCAACAUUUUUAUAGUCUUCAUUCGUGGCUGGGUUUCGUGACAAUGGGCAUGUUUGUCUUGCAAUUUGUCUUGGGUUUCUUUAGUUUUCUGGUAAUGCUCUGCUGUGAGAACAAGACCUAUAGCUGCCGCUCUGCCAUGGUUCCCAUUCAUGCCUCUUUGGGUUUGGCCAAUUUUUGGUUAGCAGUUGCCACUUCAGUGACGGGUUUAAUUGAAAAAGAGCGUGAAACUUCUAAAGAUGAGAAUUUGAGCUCGGAAAAUCGUCUUAUCGAACAUUAUAUAACCAGUGCAAUAGGCAUUACCUUAAUAUUAAUUGGCAUUAUUGUUACAUUCGCCGUACGAAGAACUAAUUCACCUGCCUCGGCCAAGGUAUAUGUCACCGAACGCAUUUAAAUGCAAUCUUCUCCUCUCAAUUUUAAAUGGCUUAGCACUACUCUGAAUGGUAUCCUUUUUAUUAAGCUUUUUGCAUUAUCCUCUCUUCAAAAACAAAUACUAAAACUAAAGAGCAAUUCCUAAGUAGAUAUACAUAUAUAUACAAAUAGUUAAAUGCAGACUACGACCAAUCAUAAAAUUAAAAACACAAAUUGUAAUCUCUUCAGCUGAAUUCUAACACAAAAACUAACUUUAGUAGUAAUUUUUGAUAUAGAAACAACAAAAAUUUUGUAUACAUCCGCUACUACUAUUAUAUAUACAUACAUACUAUACGUAUAUACAUAUAAAUUUAGAUUCUUACUAUAUAUUGUCAUCGCAUUUGAAGUUUCGUAUUUCACACAAAGAAACAAAAAAAGAAAAAAAAUGUAAACAAAACGCUAAGCAAUUGUAAAUUGUAAAUCAAUUUUACAUGUUUAUAUAUAUAUAUUAUUAAUAUACAAUAAA